ACAUAAUAAAUUAUCGUCUAAAAUGGCACUAAAACCAGAAAUGCAUCGAGAAAUCAUACAAGAAGCACGUGGCAACAUGGCAGGGAAAUCAUAUUAUUCGAGUAGUGCAGUGCGCGUACGUGAAGAGCACCAGCUUCGCCCUAUCCUGAAUUAAUCGUGGGAAAAAGUUGUUUUUGUUUAUCAAAAAUCGAGGAGAAUUAAGUGAAAGUGACCGAAAUGUGCGUGAGGGAGGGCCGCGGAGCCCCGGGGCGUCCCAUACCGUUCGGCCCCAUCUCCGUUUCCUGCAACCAAACUGGAUAUUAACCUCAUUUUGGUUAUAAACCGGAGGACAAUUCCAUCACCCUCAUCAUCAUCUUGAUCAACAAUGGUAAACAAUGACUGCGAUACGCCAUCAUCAGAUGGUGAUCGUGGAGAUGACAAAACGCAGGAUGGCGAAGGCGGCGGAGUCCAAACGGAUGACGCGGCCGCCCUCGGAUCCCGAUCCUCUUCGGAUCAUGAAGAACCACUUAAUCAGCAGGAUUCGAUCACCGCCGAGGGUGUCGUCACGAUGGAGGCCACCAAAACCGAAAUCAAAAGCGACAUGCCCCGAAAAUUGGAACAUCGCACGGUCAAACGGAAAUUGCUCUGUUUAUACUGCGAGCGAUCGUUCGGAAGUGCCAACUUAAGGCAAAAGCAUGUCGAGAGGGUGCACUCGUUAAAACCCUCACGUAGGGUGAGUGCGAGGAGGUUGAAUCAGCUGAGCGCCACCCCGUGCGGUUAUUGUGAUAAGUUUAAUGAUACGGAACAUACAUUAAACGAUCUGUUUCAACACUUGGCUCAGGAGCAUUCUGGAAAGUAUUUUGGAUGCUUGCAGUGUGAGGAACGAUUUCUUAACUCUACUCAGUUUGUUGAACAUAAUUCCAUUAAGCAUUUCACUGAGAAGCCUACUUUGAUGGUCCUUUUACCAAAUGCUUCCAGUCAGAUUGAGCAACUUGGGGCUGGCGGGACAGAGGAAGAAGAGGUGACCCAUAAGCUGACUCGAAGUAAAUUAAAAAGCAAGCUAAGUGAAGAGUCAUCUGUGAAAUCUGAAGAACGUGUGUUACCCAAACAAAAGAAAAAAUCGAAGCUGAAAGAGCUUCGAGAGAAAAAAAUCACAGUAAAAAGUAGUAAAAUCGCGUUGAAACGUAGUUCGAGGUUAAAACAGCAAGCGAAAGAUCCACAAGAAACGCAAAAGAAGCGACGAGACAAGACUGGCAAACAACAAUUAAAUUCCGCCGCUAAACAACUAGAUAAAUCUAAAACUGCCUGCAUCAAUCCUUAUCCGGAAUUCGAUCAUUUUUAUCGUGUGAAGAAAAUCUCCGAUCAUUCCAUUGACAAUUUAAAAAUUAGUUCCUUAACGUUCGACGAUGUGUUCGACAAAGCUUUCUUCAACCGAAUCAAGUGCAAUAUCGAAGAAAACUUGCUGCACCACAUCGACGGAAAACUUUUCAAAAACGAAGAGUCGGAAAACCGGAUAUCCAACUUUGAAAAGGUUCAAUUGGUGCAGGAACCCCAAAAUUCGAAUAGCGAGAAUUUCGGUUGUGAGUUGUCGCUGAACGCCGCCACACCCACCACCUCUCUGGCAAUUAACUCGCAGGUUUGCGAAGAUCUAGAGUCUCAAAUCGAAUACGGUUCUAAACCGUCCAAGAAAAAACCACCUGUAAAAAGUGACGAGGUGCAUUAUAAAUAUUUCACCAGGAGAAAAUACCAGGCGAGCAUUUUGCAGCAAAAAGAGAACAGGGACUUGAGCAAGCUGGACAUGUGGACGCAAAUGGUGGUCAAAGACCGACAAGAGAGACUGCUUAAUAAAAGGAAAAAUGCCAAGGAGAUGCAAGAGUAUACCUGCAGCGAGGAGUAUAAAAAUAAAGUGAGGAGACAGGAACUGAAUCGAAUACUGGACCGACGGGGCCCGUUCGAAGAUCUCAAAGAGGAGGCGAGCAAAAAGGCCGCUUUUGACAAGUUGAACUCUGUUAGCGCGAUCAGUCCUGAGGUGUUCAGUGAGGUGCGCGAAGUGCUCAACGACCUACUGAAUCGCGUUUUUGAAGCGAUCGAAGAGGAUGAAAAGGUUCUGGAUAAAGAUAAGUCUAUGGUGAUGGACCAGAGGGAUUAUAGAGAAAUUCCUGCGUUUUUAGAGCUGCGCCGUAAAACGUCUGCGACUAAUGACGAAAUCGACAGGUCCGACAAAAUCGCCUUGAUCUGCUCGUCGCAAGAGACUGAAAAUUUUGAAUUACCCUCGAACUCUAUUCGAGGCAAGAACGAACAAGUGGAGCUUACAGGUGAAUGGGCGAGGAGCCGCAUGUACAUAUGUGCGGCCUGCGGAGGGAAAUUUUCCAACAUGAAAUACUUAUUGGAGCACAAGAGCGCCUACCACCAGAACGUAUGGGUGCAACAUUACGAGUUUGUCGGGAACCAGAGCGAACUCUAUCGGCACCUGAGUAUUCCGGGUUUGGGAAAAGUGGGAGUCGUCGAAGAGACGAUUCCGUGUAAACAGUGGCGCAGGUCGGAGUCGCGCAUGUGCUCCAAGUGCGCAAAACAGUGCAAUUCUUUAGGGGAGCUCCACAGGCAUAUGCUAGAAUGUGGCGGUGAUUGGACGUGGAUGCUGGCAAGGCGGAAGGUGAAAUAUCGACCGUUCCGGUCUAAAUAUCGACGGAGACGUACCGGAUUCGAGCCAAAAACUCAACCCAAACGUAAGACUGAACCAACCGAAAAGAAAAUUUAUAAAAAACCUGUUUACACUCCACGACAAAAACCAAGCGAUGCGGAAACGAUUCAACGGAUGUUGGCAAAUUUGCCUGCCAAGCGUUGCCGGCGCAACGUCAUGUCCCUCGAUGCCGCCUUUAAAUCGAAAAAGACGAAAAACACAAAACAAAACGCUCAAUCGCCGAGUACAAAUUCGAAAUUAAAAUGCGGCAAAGCGAUCAUGGUCAAACACGCCUCGGAUAAUCCUAAUCACAAUCAAAAACGAAGAAAUUUACGGAGCCUUAACAGGGUUUUAUCCAGUCGUAUUUUAGAUGUGAACUCUACCUUGAUGGUCAAACGGAAGAUAAAAAGAUUAAGAAGUCAGCGGUUGACCAGAAGCACUGCCGCUGUUGAUAUUGAGGAGAAUGAGCGGGAUGUUAGCGAAGAGGCGGCACAAAAGAAACGAAAAGGGCCUAAAAUAGAGAUUGAAACUAGCGAGAGUAAAAUGCGACCUAAACGAGCUGUAGGUAACAGAUUGAAUCUGAAAAGCUUUUUCCCUGUAAAGAAGAAGAACUCUAACAUCCAAAAUAAAUCAGUGGAUGAUUACAAUGACGAUAGUACGCCCGCUUUUUCACAACACAAGAACAAAAAGGGAGGCCUCAAAGGGUUCGUCAGGGCCUUAAGUUUGAGAAAAAGAACUUCUCGCGAGGAGGAGAAUUUGAGGCGUGACAUAAAACCAACUGCAACACCAGAGACGAGCAAACGGAAAUUAAGCCGCUGUUUCCGCAACGUGAUCAAUAAAGUGAAAAAAUUAAAAAUAGAGAAGAUCGAGAAAAAACCUGAUUUUAUAGUACCGGAGCCUUUUUUAGAGAAACCACAAGACCACAACGUCACUCCUUCAGAAUCAGAAGAAAACCAGCCAGAUACAGAGAAACCUCCCCCUAUACCGGCAGACUCAAAAGAAAAUCCUCCGAUACCGGAAACGAUUUUUGAUUUGGCCGAUAAGGAGGGAGAUAAAAGUCUGCAAGCCAAAGGCGAACUAAAUUUCGACACUAAAAUACCGGACAUUCUGACGCCAGUGGCCAUAGAUACCACUUUAAAGCCCAAAAGUAUUCCUAUGGUAUCCCCAAACGUGAAAGGGAAAAUCCGUAAGCCAAAUCGCGGCUUAAACGACUGUAUCGCUAUGUUAACUAGCAAACUGCAAAAUAAGGAUGAUAAAGUUUCUUCCUCACUGGAAAGCCUGUUUAGCACCAGUUCGACUACUAGCGUAGAACCCCGUGCGAUUCCCAAACCGCCUAUCGUAACUUUCACACCUGCCGUAGAAGAAACUGCAUUGGAUCUCAGUAAGAAGUGUAUCAGCACCCCUAAUUUGACUGAUAUAGCGGUGAAAAAUCAUAAACCUUCGACAGUGACAUGGAAUUCCGUCGAUGAUAUUAUCCAGCAAGUGGUUGCGAGUAGCAUGUCCUACACCAUGGAAAAGGAACAAGAGCUGAUUGGCAAAAGAACAAAUUUGGACGAUACAAUUGAUUUUGUGGUCAACAGUUGGUUUGAUAAGCCUAAGAAACCCAAAAAGAGGCGUCAUUCUGACAAUAAUUUAAUUACCAACAUCCUGUUUGGCAAGGACAAACUUAUUAUUGCGCCAUCUAGUAAUCCUCAAAAUGACGACCCAUUGAUUGCCAGGAUUAAAGAGUGUGUCCUAAAAACUACUGCAGAAGUGCAGGACUCUUGCAAAACAAGCAAAGAGAAGCACGAACCGGAAAUAGUAUUAGAUAAAACAGUUCCUUUAUCAACUAUUCCGGUUUCACUGGCAGAGGAAACGUUAAACUUAAAAGUUGAAAAUAGCAAAGAUAUAACGGAAACUUCGACCACAGACAGCCUUAAAGAAAACUUACAAGAAACUCCUAAUACGGACCAAGUAAUUGUAAAAAAACCGCGCAAAAAAAGAAAAUUAAAAUUCUGCCAAAGGAAACGUACAUCUGCCGUCAAACCUACAAUUGUCACAGAAGAAGAAAUUUCCACAAUAUCGGAACCUGUUGAAAGUGGCGCGUCAGCAACUGAAUUUUCCUCGCAAUCACGCUCCUCAAGUGAACCAAAUUUAAGCGAAAUGCCUUCAAAGGUCGAUAAGCCUUUGGCGACAUUAAACUCGCAACGGACCAGGAGAAAAUCGAAAAGUUCUAAAAGGCUGGAUAAGCUUGACAUUGACAUGUUCAAAGAGUUUGCUUUGGUUAUCAAUAAAAAGACUAAACGGAUUCCUCCGACCAACAUCGUGGAUGAUAAACUAGAUGAAGCCAAUACGGAAAUGGACCUGAACGAUUCAGUUGAAGAAAUGGACAUGGAAAUCGAAGAUAUUCCCAUUAAUACCAAUAUUAUUGAAAGAAAUGACCUUAGUUUCGUUCAAGUGAUAAGUCCAAGGCCGGAGGAACUGGCAGCUGUGUCUAACGACUUGGAUCCACUAGGCCAGGAAACUGAAUUAAAUCUGGCUGCACAAUCAAAGGAACCUACUGAAAAAAGCCCUUUAAGGAACAAAACUGAUGGUUUUGAACAGGCUGACGUUAAUGAUUCAAAGGACGAAAUAGACGGAAAGAUUUUUAUCAGUACACCCGUAAGUCAGAAACUGGAAGAUUCUGACCAUGCAGAUAAUAAUAUAUUAGAAUUAGAUAACAUACCCGCAGAAGAUCAUGGUUUAACGUUACAACAGUCAGAUCGAUCUCCACGCGAUGCCAGUAAUGUAUUGGACAACGGUUCAAAUCCAAAACAAUCAAGUAGUAUUGAGAAGGAGGCCGAUCAGCCUGUAAAUAACGUAAUUUUAUCAGAUCAAAAAGAGUCGGAAGUUGCAGAUCAGUUGUUUACUGAAAAUGACAAUACUUCACAAGUAACUGAAAAUACUAAUGAUCCUGUAGAAGCUAUAACAAAUACAGUUAAUUCAGCUGAAGUCAUAGAAAAUGAGGAAAUAACGGAAAGUAAAAAAGUGCCAAAAAGGCCUCAGAAAAAGGUUAAAAGAAAAUAUGUGCGAAAAAAACCACGAGGCCAAAAUGCUUGUUUAAAAAAGGAUGAGAACUUGGAAACAGUGGACUCUGAGAAUAAAGCCAUGCCCACAAUUGAUUUUGUACCAAUCAAAGAUGACCAACAAAAUCCAGAAACUACUGAAUUAACCAGAAUUUCCCUGGACGAUGAAAAAAUAGACAAUCAAACCAAUUCAGAGGAAAUAACUACUUUAAAUAUCUACUCUAAAUCUUUUGAAAUUGUAAAAAACUUACCAGAAGAGGAUCCUAUUGCGGAAAAUGCAACCGAAACCACUCCAAAAUUGCCUAAAAAACGUGGACGAAAAAAAUCAAAGACAACUCCUCCAGUGAAAACUUCUCCAGUUCAGCAAGAUGCAACUCGUCUAACUCCUGUGCUAAACAAAAUCGAUUUAUCUCCAGAAAUAUUGAUAGAAAAUUGUGCAGAGGCAACAGUGAAACCGGUUAAACCGAAACCACGAGGAAGACCUCCAAAGAAAGGGCGAGUUUCAGAUGCGAAAUUGAGCGACUCAGAGUCACCUUUGGUUGAAACCUGUAAACAGACAAGUACAGGCAUAGUGGGCGUAGAAAAGAGUGAAGAUCCUCCAAAGGAUUCGGUCGAAAAAGAACUAGACGUUGAAAAUCAUAAGAGCGGUUUUAUUGCAACAUCCGAUGAAGAGACGAUAGAAGAAAAAUUGGAAUCUAGGAAAAGCGAGGAAAGGUUCAGAAAAAGUGAAUCCCCUAAACUUAUUAUUGCCGAACAACUUGCUGAGGUGAACAAUAUUGGAGAAGUUGCAACAAAAACAAAACGAAAUCGUAAAGUUAUCAGUUACAACGAGGACGAGUUGGAGAAAAAGGCGCUUGAACAUGCGGCAAAGCUCAAAAAAAUUGCCAAGAUGAAAAACAAGGAGAAGAAACUGAAAAAAGGCACUGAAGAAGUCCAACCGGUACAACAAAUUCUUGAAAAAAUUGAAUUAGUUGACACAUCAAAACCAAAAGUCCUGCAGCUUGAACCGAUUGGGUUCAAUAAGGGGUAUUAUCCAGUAAUAGCCGAGGCAGUAGUAGAUAUACUCCACAUAGAUCAAAUAGAAGCUUUAAAGGAGGUCAAUAAUGUUACGAAAUAUGGUGAUUUGUUGAGGCCACUUGUGAAUUUAGACUUGCUCACAUUAACUGAUGAAACAGAAAGAAAAGCAAUUGACUCAGUUUUCAAACCACAAUCUUUAGAUGGCGCAAUUAAUAAUAUUAAUUCAACGAUUAGUUUAGAAAAAAAGGACGUUGAACCAACUUCACCAAAUGCAUUUUCUGAUCUAGUUAGACCAAAAAAGCUAGAACCUUCGGAAGACUUAACUAAAAAACUCGAUGAAAAGUUCUUGAAUCAUCUAAUUCCUUUAGCACCAUUGGAAUCAGGUUCUUUUCUGAAAGACUCAGAGUUUCUAGGUGAUAUAUCAGCAAGCCCCAAUAACAUAAAAGAUUCAGCGUUACCAAAUAAAUUCCCUGAUAUUAGUGAUGAGAAAAAGCUUCAGUCUGGAGGUAAAAGUCCGAUUGAGAAGUCCAAUAGACAUUCUAAGAAGGCCAAUCAAAAUGUCAAUCUGCUGAAAGAGGAAGUUAAGAUAGGUUUUGAAACAAUUGGACAAUAUGAACCAGAAACCUCAGUUGAUUUACCUGAAAGAACCAAUAAUAUUAUUCUUGAAAAAGCAGGCGUUAAUUUAGAAUAUCCUAUUGCAGCUAUCCCAGAAGAGUUGCCUUCUCGAAAUAGUAAGGGAAGAUUCAAUAGAAAGUCUAAAAAAACUAGGACUUCUAUUAAUCCUAUUAAAUCAGCUGAACCGGAGUAUGUGGACCCAGUUUCUGUUGAAGAAACACCAAAUUCUAUAAAUGAAACUGCCAAUACCGCGAUAAGUUCUGUUAAUGCUGUAACUCCAGAUAAGAAAGAUAAUUCUAUAGAUUUCCCCUACAAAACUGAUUCAGAAUAUUUAUGUUCUUCAAAUAAUUUCACAGAAAGGCUCAAUAAAAAACUUAGGAAAACUACAAAAGAACCUUUUGGGGAUAACAUAGUUGAGGCAGCAAAUUAUAAAAAUGACAUAAAUUCGAUUGAAAAUGAACUUCAAUAUUAUCCAACUGACGCAGCAAAUAAAAGAUUCAGUACGACGUUUAAUAACAUAUCAGAGAAAAAAGAAGUUAUGGAUGAGCUUAAAACCCUUCAAUCUUUAGUUGAUUUGAAUUUAACUUGCCCCAAAAAACUCACAAAGAGCAGCAAUAAUACAGUUCCCUUUAAAGAAAGUGUUCAAACAUUAUCGAGUAAAACCGAAGAAAUUGCAUCUGCAGAUAUUAAUGUUGUAAGAUCAGAUAACUGCGAAAUUGUUAAUGUUGAAGAAGAGUCGUCUAAAAGUAUUAAUAAACUUGAAAAGGCAGAAGCACAGUCUGUUACUAAUUUAACCAAAAAGUUAAGCAAAAAAACGAGGAAAAAUAAGAAUAAUAUGAUUUCUGCUAAAGAAGAAACUGAAGCAACAUUAAUGGGCAACUUAGUAUUACAACCUCCAAAUGAAAUAGAUAUGGUAUCCAAUAAAAGAGAAAGUAGUGAUAAUAGUACUAUAGAAGAAACUGAUGAUUUAGGUUCACUCUAUAAAAAUCCUGUUACAUCUGAAACAGAAGAAUUACAGUCUAUUGAUAUUUCAAUAAAAAGGGACCACAAACAUUCCAAGGAUAUUAAAAAUGAUUUAAUUCCGGCUACUGAGGACAUGGAAUUAUCCUUAGACAAAAAUAAAACAGAGGUACCUCUAGAAGAUAUAGGAAAAACUGCUAAUGAAAAUAUUACCGAAAAAGACGCAGUUGUGCCAGAUCUGCAUUAUGAAAAUCCUAAUGCAACAGAACAUCUAAAAUCUUCAGAUGAGCCAAUUAAACAAUUUAGUGAAAUGUCUAAGGAAACCGAUAGUUAUACAUUUCAAGGCGAAGAAGAAACUGGAUCAUCUUUAUCAGGUCAAACCAAUACAAACGAUAUACACGCUCAACCUGAUAAAGCUUUAGAAUCAAACAAAAAUGAUAUUUUUAAUGAAAAUAUUAUUGAAAAAGAAGCUGUUGAGACUUCUGUGACAAAUCCAGAGGAAUUGCAGGCUUCACUUGAUGAUUUAAAUAAAAAAUGCAGCAGAAAGAGUAGGAAGACCAAAAAUAAUGUAAUUUCGGCAGACGAAACUAAAUCAUCACUAUUAACGAAAACUGAAACGGAAAUAUUUCAAUAUUUAGGCGAAACCUCUAUGGAGCCCAAAAAAGAAAUUGUUACUGGCAAUUUUCUGGAAAAAGAACUUACUUCAGAUCUUACAACUGCAACAGAAGAGAUACAGUCCCCAGAUAAUUUAGCAAAAAAGAACACUAAAAAAUCGAAGAAAACCAUUAAUAGCUCAUUCCCUGAACAAGAAGAAGUUGAAUCAACACCGUUGAUCAAAACAAGACCAGAGGAACCAGAAUUUACAGACGAGCAAGUUUUAAGAUCCAAUAGAAGAUCCAGAAAGUGUAUCAAUUAUAAUGAAGAUAUGUUUUUUGGGAAACCUGCCAUAGAGAAGAAUGUAGAUGUGAUUACCGCUAAAGACAUUUUUGAUUUUGAAGAGAGUAACUCAGAUGAAGACAAGGGUUAUAAAAGCAUGUUAAAUGACACUGAUAUUCCUGCAGAACAAUCAUAUGAAAAUUUAAAGAGCAAAGUGAAAAAGAGAGGGAGAAAGAAAGCUGGGGUAAAGGAGGCAUUUGAGUUUCAGCACAAUAAACAACAGAUAGAAAAUAUAUUCGAUUUUGAGGAGAAACUUGAUACGAGUAAUAAGGAAUCAGCUAUUGAGACUGAUGUUGUUAAUGAUAUACCAUCAGUAACCAGUGAAGAUAACAUUUUAAAUAAUGAAAAAAUUAAGCAAAAAAAGCAACGAUCAAUUAAACAAAAUAAUUUCCUCGAAAAUACAAUAAAUGCACCGUUAAAAUCGGGCAACAAAACCAAAAACAAAAAGAAAGGGAAAUCAACAGACACCCAAGAGCAAGAAGAUAUAUUUGAUUUCAAGGAUGAAGAGGCUGAUGUAAAUGUAAAAGACGAUAUGGAAUACCAAUUAGAUAUGACUGACGGCUCCAAAAUCAAAAUUAAAAAGUGUUUUAUAAACGCCAAACCUAAGAACGUUGAAGAUAAACUUGACCAUCGUGAUAUUAUGGAACCUAAAAGUUUACAAGUUGAAGAAACUCCUCCGGAAGCCAUUAAAGACGUCUUUGAGUUUGAAGACAGUUAUUCUGAUAAGGAUAAUGAUAAUAAGACUGAGAAUAUGCAGCUUCAAAAAGGCAAAUCAAAAAAACGUAGGAAGGGCGGUAAACGUAAACAGGCGUUAGCUGCCAAAGAAGUUAUUACUGAACAACUAUUGGAUGAACCUGAAAAAGACGAUCACAAACGAAUAAAAAAAAACUAUACAGACUUAGACGUGUCAAACAUAUUAGAAUCUGAUUCGUCGAGCAGAAGAUCAUCGAAGAAGGUGGAACUAGUGACCAGUGAGGCUUCCAUAAAUGAUAUUACUUAUAAAGAACCGAACAGUCAUUCAUUUAUUGAGAAAGAUAUAAAUAUGGAUGACCCAGAAAGUUCUUUAUCUAUAAAGAAGGAUAUGAAUGUAGAUGAACCGAAUAUACCGAAACUUCAUGAAGAAAUCAUAUACCAGAACAUAGAUGAAAUUAGUUCUAAGGCAUCAGACAGCUUUAGCAAUGUUGCCUCUCCCUUAUGCUCUCCUUCAUAUAAUAGUGAAGAUUCCUUGCCUCUGUUAGAUCGGGUGCAAACUGAUAACAUCAAACCAAAGGACAAUGACAUUCUAUUCGAUCAGCUCUUACAACUCGGUCCGACAUCAGAAAAUAAGAAUUCAGACUUGAUUGAGGAGCGUCCACUAGAAAAAUCCACUUUUGAAGGCCGUUUGACUAAUAUUAACAUCAAGGAGUUGUUGUUGAGUAGCGUUGCGCCGCCUGAUUCGUCUUAUACAGACACUGAAGUUGAUGAAAAGAAAAUAGCAAACACCAUUUUGCCGGAAGCCGUGACAAUUUCUGCUCUCAAAGAGAUGUUUUCGGAAAUUAAACCUUUAAGUGAAAUAAUUAACAGUUCCGAAAUGGAUAUCGCCCCGGUACUAGAUGAAAUCGAUAAGUCGCUUGAAAGCGAGGAUAUUUAUGAUUUCAAUGAGGAUGUCCGUACUCCACCGAUUUCUAAGCGUCGCAGUAAAAACAUUAAAACUUCUGUAAAAUCUAAAAAGCGACUUGAUAAAUCAAUUGAUAAAGAGGCCGAAGAAGAAGCACCUCUGAAUGGUAAAAUUAACUCAGAGACAGUUAAAGAAUCGGAUCUGGAUGCUAAUUUAAGACGCAGUCGACGUGGUAACCGUAAAGUGGCGUCUUACAACGAAAAUGAUCUGAUUGAUCCUCUAAUUGAUGCUUUGGAAAAGCGGCGCAGUAAAGGCAAAAAGGUUGAAGAAAAACUGAUCCCAAACAAUAAUAAGCCAAACUUAAACAGCGAAGAGCUAUUUGAGUUGUUGAAAAAAACUAAUGACGUUCAAACUGCCAAGCCCCUUGAGCCGGUUUAUAAUGAUGUUCAAGAUGACGAUGAAUGCAGCUCAAACGGAGCUUUUGAUAACGUUCCGGACGAUGAUUUUGACGAGGUACCUGAUAAAGUGUAUGACUUUACAGAAGAGUCCCCCAAGAAUACUGAUCUAUUUGUCAAGAAAAGUAAAUCACUAGACGCUGACUCAAAUUACUGUGAUAUUUGUAAAAAAUCGUUUAUUAGACUGGAAAACUUAGUAAAGCACCGAACUACUCUUACUCACAUUUCGAAACUAUCCGAACUAGAGGCCAAAGAAGCUGAAGAACGCUCUAAAGCGGAAAAACUAAACAAACCCAAGGAAGAUUUUGAGAACAAUCCGCAGCCUAACCAUUCAUUGAAGUUAGUGGACAUAAUCAGUGACGUUCUCAAUAAGCCUGUUCUACCAAACUUCGAAAAUCAACCGCAAGAGUUUUUGCCCCCAAUCGAAACUAACAAUAUCAGAUAUAAAAGUUUGGGCGAGCGUAAAAGUUUCGAAUCGGAGCAUUUUCAGCAAGCACCUGUUCCCUAUCAAAACAGCAUUUUAGAAAACCAAAUCAACCUGCUCGAGAAUAUUAUCGAAAACAAUUUAGAAAAUAUCGCCAGCAAUAACAGGCACAAACAAGAGAGCGACGAAAUUUCCUAUUGUUCUUCAGCUUCAAACAAAUCGGCGUUGCAAAUUAAUACGGACGCAGAUUUUAUUAAGCCCAGCCAGUACGAGGAAAUUUCCGAGGAUUCGACGAGCGCCCGCAUCUACGACGAAUCGAAGCAACGCAAAACAUUAAAUAGAGACGAAGAAUUAUUUCUGGAGUGCUGCAGCCUGUUAAAAAGUGGCUCAGAGGUCUCUAACUCGGUUAAAACAGCGGCGGAAUCGAAUUUACUGAAAAGCAGAACUGUGAUACCGGCGCCGGAGGAGGCGCAAGAGUAUACUGACCAUUCGAGAACCCCGACUCCCCUGGGUGAUACUUAUGACGAUGAUGCCUCGAAUUCCAAUACGAUCUCUUCCAACUGGCACUUGAGCUCCGAGAGGUCUCUGGACAAGAAUCGCAGUUUUUCGUUCAGGGAAUUGAAGGAGAAGGAGGCGCCUGGCAUUUCAUUUGGUGAGGUGUUAACUCAGGGAUUGAAGAACCAGUUUGAGAGCUGUGCUAAAUCAGUUGAAAGAGCCGAGGAAUUUUCAUUGGAGGAUCCACCGUUAACUGAAGAACCGUUAUCACCCAUCUCGGACAAAAGAGAUGACAGCGACUGCGAAACUGCUAGUAAAAAAAUUGUGACAAAGGGUGCUAGAAAAGUCUACGAAGGCCUAAAAGUCUCAAUUCCAACUGAAGACUUGAAUUUAGAAGUUUUAAAUACGAGUCCUCAGAAUCGCAAACCAGAUCCGAUCAGAACGAGUCCGGAUAGUCCCAGGGUGAAACCGAGAAAAUCCAAACCGGUGAAAAAGUCUCAAGUGGGAAGCAACUUACUAUUUAAAGUCACUAAGAAGAAAAGCCCGGUAGUAUCUGCGGUGGCUGAUGACGUGUUUAUUAAACCCGAUCCGAUUUUGAUCGAAAAGCCGAAACCGGAGAGCGAUAAUGAUAGUUAUUCGGACUCAAUUGGGGCAGAUGCCAAGUCUGUAUCGAGUUUUUCAUCAAUCUCAACUGUGCCAAUCAAAAAACCUGAUAAUACCCCAGAAAAUAUCACCAAAAAAAAGUACAAAAUUAUGGGGAAGAUUUUCAAGCACGCCGCCAGGUCCAAACAAGAUGAAAUAGAAGAAGAGCUCCGAAAUAUCCCAGAGAUUCCUGAAAUAGACAACUUGGAAAUGGUAGAGAAUUACGUGCGAAGCUGUCAGGAGGUUAAUAAGAGUCUAUUAUUACCUUCAGCAGGUGUACCAGAAGAAGCUUCGAAAAAACCCAAAAUGUCUGAAGAAGAAAUGAAUCUCCUCUUUGACCAGCUACUCGGCAAAGAAAUCCAGGAGACCCAAGCGAUUAUCGAAACAAAAACUAAACAAGCCGAACCCAAAAGAAAAUACAUCAAAACGAAAGGUCGUAAGAGGGCUCGCACCACCUCCGAUGCCUCAGAUGACGACUUUAACAUAACGAAAACAACAAAAAAACGCACCAGCAAAAAGAACAACCAAGAAGACUCUGGAAUUAAUUUGGAAUUGGAACUGAAAGAGUGCAUCGGCGUGGCGAGCAGAAAAAGCCAACGGUCGUGCACCAGCGGAAAACAAAACGUCCUGGUGGAGUAUUGGAGCUCCGACGAGGAGGCAUUUGAGGCGAUGCUGGAGAGCCAGAUAACGGCGAAAAAGGAGAAAAAGAAACUGCUGACCGCGGAAGAGACGAUGAAACCGCCUGCGGCACCACGACCACCCAGCAAACCGAGAAAGAAACCAUCGCAAUCCAAAAAACCGCCGAUCUCCGCGGAACAAGCCGCGACGAACAGACGUAAGAGGGCGGCAGCCAAUCCGCUCUACCAUUGGUCCAGUUCGAGCGAGGACGAAUCGCAAUCGUUGAUCGAGGUGAAGCCCAUUAGGGAGGAAGACGAUGACGACGAUCGGCCUAUUCAGCACGGCUGGAUCGUCGGCGAUUCACCGAAGAAAUUGGUCACCAUGUUGGCCUUGACUAAAGGUAAGAAAACGGACUUUGACGGGGUGAAGGAGCAGGGAAAACGGCGUACCUCUAAUACGACCAGCUGACGAUAAAUGAACUUUUGUAGUUAAGUGAUUGAGUGAGUGAGGUUAGGGUUGCUUUCCAAGAAUGUUCGGGCUGAGAGAGAGAGAUAAAUUCAUAUAUUAUUUAUGUCGAUGACAAAAGGUUUAUUUGUCGCUUAUCAUUGCCAUCUUAGAUGUAUGGAUUGCACAAAAUGUCUCAUGAGCAUUUCAGAAACCGUAAAAAUAUACGCAAUUUCGUGAAAUCGUGGGUAAAAGAAUUGCAUAAUUAAUGCCUAAAUGAGGGUUUAAAUCUUAAAAUAUUCUAUAAAUUCAUUUUUUAUAUGGUAAUUUUUAACAACGAGUACUUUUUUUAAUUCUGCAUUUCGGUUUUACUGAGCCAUCUUCAACCUGUUUUUUCUAAUGUAUUUUCUUUAGAAAAAUUGUUUGGAUUUGAUAUUGUUAGUAUGCUACCGGUUUCAUUUUCAGGCAGUUUUACAUCCAGAUAAAAUCAUUAUUUUAAGCACAUUAAAUCCUCGGUUAUCCGCCAGACGGGACCGAGUUUCGCCGGAUAAUCGACAACACAGAUAAUCCACAGACCAUUUUUUUUUUAAAUAUUUAUUUAGACAAACAAAAAGAAGAAACGUAAUACAACAUACAUGUAACAAAAAGUAAAAGUUUCAUGUACAAACGUAUACAUUAAAAAAUAUUAUGUAUUCAACUAUUUAUGUAAAAAAAUCACUAAUUAUUGUUUGUUUGUUUUUAGGCUUUGUAACUUCUACACUUUAUAAUUUUCUUCAUAUUUCAAAAGUCAAAAUCAAGUUUAUUGUGCAUUAAUACAGCAUAUAUACAUAAAAGGUGUUAUUCGCGUAAAACGAUCUUCCAUAACACCAUACAUUAUACAUACAAUUACGGUACUGUUAAAAAACAAUAAUAAGAAGCAAACAGUUAAAUAAAAAUAAAUAUACAGACAUACAGACAUAUUUCUCUGCUUAAUAUAUGAAGACCACAGGGGAAAAAGAGGGAAUGUCACGAAAUAAAAAUACUGAGAUAUAUCCAUUUUAAAGUUUGGAACUUCUAAGAUUCUUAAAACUGAAAUGGUUGAGAUAUGUCAAAUAUUAUUUAUUUAACUGUCUGCUACACGUAUUCGAAAGCAUUGCAUUUCAAAACACAUUUCUAUACAAAAAAUAUACAAAAAACUAAAAAACUUCAAUUCUCCAUAGCAAAAAUGAGGAAUGUCCAAAAAAAAAUCAAUUUCCAAAGUAAAAAGGGGUAAUGUCCAAUAUUUCGAGGUUUCAUCUAUCAUAGUUAUAGUAUUUGUUCCAUAUUGAUUUAAGACCUAAAAGUAGAUAAUAUUCUAUGAGUAAUAGCAAUAAACUAAUCAAAGGAAAUAUCUUACCUCCGUAGUUUUAUUGCUGCUUUUUCUUUUUGUUUUUAGCGGCAUGAGGUAACUUAUCAUAAUAGUUUUGAGCUUCUUGAGAACAGAACAUUUUCAGAGCUUGCAAAUCUUUAAAUUUUUCCUCGCUUAUUGGGAUUAGACCUGAAAAUCGUAUUCUAUGAUUAAAAGUUUUAUAUUUAAAAAAAAAACUUACCUUCAUACUUUCGGUCAGGAUAUAAAAAUUCAUCAUUUCGCAAUACAGGAUAAAUUCUCGUCUGUAUAGGUGGUAGUCCUGAGCUUGGUUCCCAACACCCAUUAUAGGAACAUCUAUGUGAAACAAGUCGGGGGUGCCUAAUUGUGACUUCCAUUUCCCUCACGGGCGUAUUGCGAAUGGACAAUUUUUCUUAUAAUUCAGCUUCACAAAAAAAAUCUCAGUUUCUUAUUAUAUCGUGGCCCUCUUCCAGGUUUUCGACAUGAAAUGGUGCUGGCUUAACUCUGGACCUUUCUAUUUCUUCGACUCCUAAGUGCCCCCUAAUUGGAAAAGUUAUUUUGAAAGACUUCAGUCUUUUUUUGAUAUGAACAAUAUAAUGCAUGUAUUUGAUCAUGUUAUAACUUAUAGUUUUUAUUUUGACCCCCACACGAGUCGCAAAAUACUUUAAGGUGUUUUAUCUGGGGGUCACAGGUGUCUUUACGAGGGUACCCGAACGAUAUGUUGAAUUUUGUAUUAAAAACAUUUCUAUAGAACUCGUAUGAAACAGGAUGAUUAGGAAAUUUGUUUUGAUAUAGUUUAUACAUUUUUGCAAUAUUAAGAUCUUUACUUAAAUAAAGACGAUCUGAUUUUUUGAGGCCAUAAUGGCUUUUGUUUCCCUGAAAUGAUUUACCACUUUAACUGCCAUGUGUACCAUAUAUGGACACAAGGAAUUUUAUUUCUCGGCCAUGUGUACACAUAUGAGACACAUGCAUUAGAAGGAUUUUCGGCCAUGUGUUCGUGGCUGGUACACAUCUAUUGUAUAUUUAAAUGGGAACAUCGAUGGGUCUGGCAUAGCAUUAUACUAUCAUAAAAUGGCCUUGACUUUUUUAGUUUUUAGAGGUAUAGCAAAUAAUACAAUAAACUUGAGAUAAGCAUUUAUUUUUUCAAUUUUUUAAAUGAAAAUUCAUAGUACAUAGGCAAAAAUAACAUAUUUUUUUUAUUAAAAAAGUAACUAAUAACGUCUGUUAAGAAUUUUUUUUUUUAGUUUUUUUUUUGUGCAAACAUGAUUGGCAAAGAAACAGUCCAAACACACAAAUGGGCUUCCUUUACAUCCAUUACAUACAUAAAUAAUUCUUUUGGUGUUCUUAACAGCAUAAUUUCUACCGUGUAGUUCGGAGUUUCUUUUGUAACAAGUCGUGCAUCUACCUCGUUUGUUAAGAGCAUUUUGAGUAAGCUCAUGUUUUUGUUGAACUUGUACGGGAAAGGGUGGUUUAUUCGUCUGUAAAAGUUGCAGGCACAGAUUCUCUUUGAAUUUUGGAACCGAAAUUUUAUUUUGGUUGAUUGAAUUAAAAAUAAUCAAAGAGUUCACCACUGAAGUGCCAGUUAUCAACUCAAAUGCCACCUUCCUGUACCAUUUGACGGACUUUCGUAAUGAGUUUGAGUAAGCUGUCAUCUGAUCUGACGUGUCCACAAAUGAUUUAGCAUUAUUAUACUCGAUAAUCGCGGCUGGUUUUCUUUUGGGGCCUUGGGACCAUAACUAUCUUUUCCGCAAUCGGUUGUCCAUUAAUUUUUUCUUUGCCGCAAUAUAUUUUUACCUUAUUUGUAUAACCCCCCGGCAAACAAAUUUUAAAAAGUUUUAUUCCAAACUUGUGACGCUUUCCUUUUAUGUAUUGUCUAAAGGACAGCUUUCCUCUAAACGGAAUCAUCGUCUCAUCAAUGCAGACACACGACUCCCGAACCAUACAACGAUAAAAAUUAGCGUUCAUUUUUAUCAACAAGACUUUGAACCUUGUGAAGUCUGUUAUUUUCAGGACGCUCGUCAUUGUUUGCUAAGUGAAACAUUCGUAAAAAUAAUUCAAAUCGAUUUCGGGGCAUAUAAUUGGAAAUUUCACUUUUAUAUAAUGGACUUCUGCGCCAGUAAUCAGGUAAUGAUGGCUUUGAGUCGAGUCCCAUCCAAAUAAGAAACGCUAUGAAUGUACGAAUUUCAUUGUAAUUAGUGUCUUUUCAUGAAUUUAGACGUGAAUCUUUCGUAAUCGCUUCGUUUAUUAUUGCGCUAAGAAUUUACGCAAGUGACUAGACAUUAGUAGAAAUAUCGUAAUGCUAGGCCUUGUGUACCAUAGGUGGGCACGGCAUUUUUUAUACAAAAAAUAAAAAAAACACAUUUUGUUUCAUGAUUUUUACUUAAAACAAAUAGAAAUAAAGUGUUUGAGACAAAAAAAAUAUUUUGGCCAACGAGACCCGUACAAUUUUUUUCUCAAAAUCAGCAUGGCAGUUAAAGUGUUAAUAUGGGUAACCACAUUUUCAUUCGUCUGGUCAGAAAUUUUUCUAGGUCGAUUUAAAUGCUUACCUCUCAAAUCAACAGCGGCCUUACUCGAUGUUUUUAGGAAUUUUUGCAAAUAUUCUAAUUUGGUUUUUGUAAUCCCAUGUAUUGCCAAAAAUGCCUUGUAGCAUACAUCGACUUCUAAAAUUGCAUUUUCUCUUACCACUUUGACACUAUAUGUAUAUGAAUUAGCAUGUAAUAGAGCUACAUUUUCAUCUUUUCGAGGACGUCUUCUUUUAAUAGAUUUAUAUCUUAUCAAACCACAUAAAUGUAAAUUUUGUUCAUUGUUUGAUGCUAAUAGAUUAAAGUUCUUCAAAAGUGUCUGCCUUUUUUCACUACUGGUUUUCUUGAAACAUCUCAGUCUUUUACACUUACAGUCAUUUCCUACUUCAUGACUGCUUACCUUUAUUUUCUUGUUUACAUCUGUAAUCCGUCCAUGUAUCUUUCUUUUCUUAAACUUUUCACUGUGUUGCUGCUGCUCACUAUUUUCAUUUUCUUUCAUGAUGCACUUUUUACUUUUAUAUUUUGUACAUUAAAACAUAACCUUAACGCUGUAAACCGCAAAAAUAUGCACGAAAAAUAUUCACUUGUUUACCCUUAGAAAGCAAAACAUAACUAAAAUUAGAACCGGUAAUCUGCAUCGUAGCGAUCUGUGGACAUUCCAUGUUGUUAUCAUUUUGCUAGUGGACAGUUCUUGUUUUUCCCCUGUAUCCGGUAUUUUAGACGCGGCUACUAACGGACUAUGCCGUGAUCUCCUACAGGAUAUGUCCUUAUAAUAAAAUAUAGACGUUUCUCUAGUAGAUGGCGACGCUAACUCAAUUUUUGAUAUAUUGUGACAUUCCUUUUUUUUCCCCUGUGGUCUUCAUAUAUAAUUGAGACUUAUUAGUAUUAUGACUUCUAUUAACAAAAUAAAAAGAGAACUGGACUAUUUUAACAUUCUUUUUGAUCACGUAAAACGUGUUUCAAAAUAGAAAAAAAUUAUAAAUACAUUAUACAUUAACUAAUAUAUGGUUUCCAUUAAAAGCAAACAUAACUUUGUUAUUUGUAAAAAUGACAACUGUCAUGCAAAAACUUUAAUCUACCCAAAACUUAAAUUACCUUCGAACAGAAUGACCACUUAAACUGUUUUGUGACUGCGAUCCCUCUACUAAACAUAAGAAAAUCUCUAUUUUAAGACCACUGCUCAGAAAUUGAGGCUUAUGACAUCUAAAAUGACUUGGUCAACGUCAAUGGUAUGUGAUAGAUAAAUUUUUGUCAUGACACCUUCUUUAUACAUAAUUAUAUAGUUACAUUUUCUUUCUUGUACAUACCAUAUUGUUUAUAAAAACCAAUAUACAACAUUGUAGUUUAAAUGUCACAUAUGUAGUUCUAAGUGAAUAGAUUUUUUAUGGGUUUCAUGUAGAUUAAUAAUGAAGCAUGGCUGAAGGCAGCUAUUAGCGGAAAUAUGUAAAAUAAAACGCCCCAUGUUUAUGUAUGUUUAUUAUGAAUUGUAUCAAUUCAUUAGCGACUAAUAUUUUUAAUAUUUAAAUUGCGUUGCUUUGAUAUAACGAGAAGAAACUGUUUUUAGUUUUUAUGUGGUGGACUCUGAUACUAAUAGCAAUUUGGUUUUCUUUAAAAAAAAUGUUAACUUAAUUCAGAGUUAAAGUAAAUGCUGAUCAUAGUUUUAAAGAGCCUUUAGAAUAAUUUUGUAAUUUGGAAAUCUCGUAGGAAAUAAGAGAGUAUUUUUAUUUUCCACCGGAGCCUCUGCAACGGAAAUUUGCCAUUUAAUAGUGUUCAAAAGAGAAUAUAUUAUUUUCUCGCUCUGAUCCUGACUAUUUGCCUAGAACGUAACUUGUCAGGGCUGGAGCGAGCCCAAAUUUACUUUUCAUAUCUAUAUAUCUUGUACAUAAUAAAAUAUUAUAUUAUAACUAUAUUAUACGAAUAUGUUGUGUUCUCUAGAUAUUUUCGUGAUUAUCGUAUAAAAAAAAAUCUUAAGUUAAGAUUAAAUUGUUUUUAUUUGAAACUGUGGUUAAAGAGAAUUAUUUGGUGCUUUAAAAAAAAAUCUUUAAAAAUUUUGUUUUUUCGACUGAAUAUUUAUAGCUUUUUUGUCGUUUUACUUUCACAAAUCCUUUGUAUUAAAAGUACACGUUUUCGCGUUCACAUUUAUUCACCCGGUAAUAUAUUUAUCUAAGCAGCAUUAUGAAUGUAAAACGUCAUUUUUUAUAAUUUUGGUAUAGUUAAAUUGUAAAAAUAAACCAUCAUUAGUUACA